AGACAUUUCCUCCCACACGCUUGCUCCCUCCGUCUCAGCUGUCUGACUCGGUCUCUCUCUCUCUCUGGCAGAGAAAAGGAGCUGAGCCUCAGCGCGAGCUGCGAACGGUCAGGGAAGAUAAGGAGGCGGCUGAGGAGAGCUGACAGAGCUGACACCUUGGUGGAGGAGCUGCAGGUCGAAGCAGUGACAGACGAAGCAUCCUCUCCUUAGCUUUGACUGAAUUCAUUUGGAGUUGGAGAAGGACCACGUGUUACCUGCAAUAGAUUACUCCAACACAGAGCGUUCACCAUAACCAGGAUCGACCUUCCAACCAGAUAUUUAUAUUUCGCUGGUUCCGCUCAUCACGUCUAGCAUGGGCACGCGAGGCCUUCUGGGCUGCCUUCUUCUGAUUGCUCUGUUCAACUUCUCAAAUGCUGGACUUGUGAAGAAACUCCUGAGGCAUCGACGGCAAACUGUGCUACCCCCUGAAGAAAGCAACCUUACCCUGCCCAGCGCCGGCCAUCCUGUGGUUUUCAGUCACGUCUACAACAUCAAUGUUCCUGGCAGUUCGCUCUGUUCGGUGGACCUAGACAACCCGGACACCACUCAGCUCCAACCCAAAAACACUGCAGCGGUCUCCUCCGGCCACCAUGUCACUGAACACACACUUGACGGGGAGAACCAGAUAAUUUUCACCCACCGCAUCAACAUACCUCGCCAGGCUUGCCAAUGUAAAGAAGACCUGCCCGGCUUGAAGGACCUCAUGAGCCGGCUGGAGAUGCUGGAAGGAGAAGUUUCAGCUCUACGGGACCAGUGCGGCGGUGGAGAGGCGUGCUGCAGCGCACAAGCGACAGGUGAGUUGGGGAUGAGGCCUUACUGCAACAGUCAUGGAAACUACAGUUCUGAAACCUGCGGCUGCAUUUGUGAGCCUGGCUGGAAAGGACCCAACUGCACCGAGCCUGAAUGCCCCGGCGGCUGCCAGGACCGCGGCCGCUGCGUGGACGGAAAAUGUGAGUGCUUCAAGGGCUUCGGCGGAGAUGACUGUGCACUGGAGGUCUGUCCUGUGGACUGUGCUCAUGGCCACUGCGUGGGCGGCGUUUGCAUCUGUUUGGAUGGUUUCUUUGGGGAUGACUGCUCUCAAAGCCAGUGUCUGAACAACUGCCUGGGCCGCGGUCGCUGUGACGAUGGAGACUGCGUGUGUGAUGAACCCUGGACUGGCUUUGACUGCUCUGAACUCAUCUGCCCCAACGACUGCUAUGACCGUGGGCGCUGCUUGAAUGGCACCUGCUACUGUGACGAGGGCUUCAGUGGGGAGGACUGCGGCGAACAGACCUGCCCCAACAACUGCCGUGGUAACGGUUUAUGUGUCGACGGCAAAUGUGUCUGCUCUGCCGGGUACACCGGUGAAGACUGCUCUCAGCUCACCUGCCUGAAUGACUGCAAUGGCAGAGGCACGUGCUUCAAUGGGAUGUGCAUCUGUGACUCAGGCUAUCAAGGUGAGGACUGCAGCCAGCUGGCUUGUCUAAACAACUGCAACAACAGAGGCCAGUGCAUAAAUGGACAGUGUUCAUGUGACGUUGGCUUCCAGGGAGAGGAUUGCUCCGAGCUUUCCUGUCCAAGUGACUGCCUUCGCAGGGGUCGUUGCAUUAACGGACAGUGUGUGUGUAAUGAAGGCUUCACUGGUGAGGACUGCAGCAUCCGUACCUGCCCUUCAAACUGCUACGGCCGUGGAGACUGUGUCGAGGGACGCUGCGUGUGCCACAUAGGCUUUGUCGGGGAGGACUGCAGCGAGCUGAGCUGCCCCAACAACUGCAGGAACCGCGGCCGUUGUGUCGCUGGGCAGUGUGUUUGUGACGAAGGGUUCAGCGGGGAAGACUGCAGCCAGAAAGCUUGUCCCAACGACUGUCUUGGCCAAGGCCAAUGUCAGGAUGGCAAGUGCUUUUGUCGGGAAGGCUACGCAGGAGAUGACUGCUCUGUCCUCACCUGUCCAGAUAACUGCAACAACAGGGGGCGCUGCAUCAACGGGAGGUGUGCAUGUGAGAGUGGAUAUGAAGGAGACAGCUGUGAAAAGCAGAGCUGUAUCAAUGACUGCCAAGACAAAGGCCGCUGUGUGGAUGGUCAGUGCGUCUGUGACGAGGGCUACAUUGGAGAGGACUGCUCGGAGGUGUCUCCUCCAAAGGACCUAACAGUUGGCGAGGUCACCCCUGAAACCGUGGACCUGUCCUGGAACAACGAAAUGCUGGUCACAGAGUACCUGGUCACGUAUAUUCCCACUAGUCCCGGCGGUCUCCUGCUGGAAUUCACCGUACCUGGAGACAAAACUGCUGCCACCGUUAAAGAGCUUGAACCUGGUAUUGAGUACCUGAUCAGUGUUUACGCCGUCUUGAGCAACAAGAAGAGCAUCCCCGUCAGUGCGAGGGUGGCCACAGAUCUCCCACAUCCGGAGGGUAUAAAAUUCAAAUCUGUGAGGGAGACGUCCGUAGAGGUGUUGUGGGACCAGCUGGACAUCCCCUUUGAUGCAUGGGAGAUCUACUUCCGUAACACAAAAGAAGAGAAUGGAAAAGUCGUGAGCACUCUUCAGCCUUCUCAGAACCAGUUCCUCCAGUCUGGGCUUGGACCAGGACAGGAAUAUGAGGUCUCUCUCAACAUCAUCAAAAACAAGACCAGAGGACCACAAACAUCUGCAACGAUCACUACCAAGAUCGAUAGCCCCCGGCAGGUGGAGGUGAAGGACGUGACGGACUCUGAGGCUCUCGUCAGCUGGUAUCUGCCGGUGGCCCCCGUGGACAAAGUGACUGUGUUUUACAGCUCCACCGCUGACCCUUCAAACGUACACUUAGUCGACGUUUCUCCGAGUGAGAAGCAGCUCAGCGUGGCCAGUCUGAAGCCAGACACAGAGUACACGGUGUCGCUCGUUUCAAAGAGGGGAGACGCCUCCAGUGACCCGGUCACCACCACAUUCACUACAGCUCUGGAUGCUCCCAUGGGCCUGCAGGCUGUUUCUCAGACGGACGACAGCAUCACUCUGGAGUGGACCAACAGUAAAGCUGAUGUUGACAGCUACCGAGUGAAAUACAGCCCCAUUUCUGGGUCUGCUCACGGAGAGCAAGUGUUCCCACGAAGGCCAGGUCACACCACACAAGCCACCAUCACCGGGCUCAAGCCGGGUUCGGAGUAUGGGAUCGGUGUGACUGGCGUGAAGAAUGAGAGGGAGAGUCUCCCCGCCACCGCAAAUGCAGCAACUGAUCUCGACCCUCCGAGAGAUUUCGAGGUUGUCGCGUCCACGGAGACAUCCAUCACGUCCAGGUGGAAGAAACCUCAGUCCAAAGUCUCCGGGUACAGGCUGGUGUUUUACUCCAGAGACGGCCGGACCGAGGAGGUGGAGAUCCCCGCCAAAGUUACUUCGCACAUCCUCCCCAACCUGACUCCUGGAAUGAGAUACACCCUCACUCUGACAGCAGAGAGAGGACACAGGAGGAGCACGCCCGUCUCCCUGGAUGCAUCCACAGCCUCUUUCACUUUUUAUUUAGCCGACUCAGAUGGGCACGAGCUAACGACUCCCACAGGCUCGGAGGACAAUGUCAUUAGCUUCGUGUAUUUAGAUCUGCCCGAGUCCCAGAUUUCUGGGACAGACCCUGAGGAUAAGCUUGGAACGCUGACUCUCUCGGGCAUCACGCCCGACGGAUUUGACCUCUCGUGGAAAGUAAAGCCUCAUGAUGUCUAUGAUAAUUUUGCAAUAGAAUAUAAAGAGACUCUGCGAUUGGGGGAUGUGAAGGAGGUCCAAGUUCCUGGAGAUGCCAGGAGCUCUAGAGUUCAGGGCCUGAAGGCAUCAACAGAGUAUCAAAUUAUUCUUUAUGGAGUAAAGAAUAGCCAGCAAUCUGCACUACUUGAAGCUGUUGCAGUCACAGCGCCUAAGCCUACCUCUCCAGAUGUACUUGCGCUGAGUGUCAAAGAAGCCCAAACAACCGCAGCAUCUGCUCUGGAGAAUGAAAUCCCUGAUCUCCCUCAUCUUCUAAACACUGAAGCGCCUCCUGAUUCUGGUGGGAUGAGCUCUGGGACUGAGCCCGAAAGCUCAGGCAUGGAUCUGCUGGGCGACCUCGCCGUCAGCAUUGCCGCCAACCGCGUGAGCCUGACCUGGUCAGCGCCCGAUGAGGCGUUUGACAGCUUUUUGGUGGAGCUCAGUGCUCCGUCAGUAGGAGCCCAGCCUCGAGAGACAGUCCUGCCAGGAAAUGUGAGAGAGGCUAAAAUAGGGGGUCUGUCCCCCUCUACACAAUAUGGUAUUACAUUGCAGGGGCUGGUGGAAGGGAAGCGGUCUUUACCUCUCAGAGUUUUUGCUACUACAGCAGCGGAGCUGAAGCCAGCGGUGGUGAACCUCACCAUCUCUGACAAUACAUGGGACAGCUUCACAGCAUCCUGGACCCCCACAGGUGGGGACUUUGACAGCUUUGUCAUUGAGGUAACAAACAUGGAGAAUUUCGCAGAGAGCCAGAACCUCACUCUGUCCGGAGACGCUUUGAGCCUGAGCCUCUCUGGGCUGAAUCCCAACACCAGCUACAUGGUUGGCCUGUAUGGGAUGUCUCAGGGCUCCUUCCUUGAGCCCCUGUACAGUGAAGCCACCACAGUGAAUCAGCCAGAGGCUGGCAAACUAUACGUCUCAAACUUGACGUCAGAGAGCUUUUCAGUCCUCUGGAACCACACUGAGGGACAGUUUGAUGGUUUUAUCCUGGAAAUAAUUGACUCUGAGUGGCUGAUGGAGCCAAAGGAAUAUAACAUAUCCCAUAAUGUAAGGUCCCAUGACGUCACAGGGCUCAGGCCCCGCACUGAUUACAUAGCCUACCUCUACGGGACAUACAAAGGAUCUCGAACGAGGGCUGUCAGUAUUGUUGCAACAACAGCUGAAGAGCCUGAUUUGUCCAAGUUAGUUGUUUCUAACGUUACCUCAGACAGAUUCUCCCUGGCGUGGCGGACAGUGGAGAAGGAAUUUGAUACGUUUAUAGUAGAAGUCAGGGAGUCUGCUUUGCCCUCGCGGGCGAUGGGGCGCGCUUUGGCAGGAGAUGUGCGCUCCACAGUAAUGAGUGGCCUCAAAGCAAGCACAAACUACAACAUAAAGCUUUAUGCCACUGACAGUAGCGGCCAGAACACACAGCCGCUGUUUGCCGUAGCAACAACAGAGGACCUCCCUCAGUUGGGGCCCUUAACUGCUUUCUCUGCAAGUCCACAUAACCUCAGCUUAUCCUGGAGCACUGUGUCGGGCCACUUUGAUGGCUUUGUUAUCCGGGUCAGUGACUCUGAUCAGCAGCUCGAUGCGCUGGAGUUCACGCUGUCCGGUGAAGUCCAGAACUUCACCAUCUCCGACCUGACGGAUGACACAGGCUAUGAUAUUGAGCUGUAUGGUAUAUCUCACGGGCGCCGCACUCCGUCUGUGUUAGCCCAUUCUGUGACAGCUCCUCUGCCUAAAGUAGAAAACAUGAACAUUUCCAACGUAACUCCCUACGGUUUCCGAGUGUCGUGGGCGGUGAGGCGGCAGCAGGUGGAGCAGGAAGAAAUAGCCCCCUCUAGUGGCGGCUUCAGCCACUUUCACUUAGUGGUGACAGACUCGGGCUGGCUGCUGGAGCCUCAGGAGUUCACUGUGCCGGGAAACCAAAGCCACCUGGACAUCUGGGGCCUCAUCACCGGCAUAGGCUAUGAGGUCAGGCUGACCGGGGUGUCAGAGUCGGGGCUUCUCUCUCGGCCUCUGACUACAGUGGCUGUGACAGAGGCCGAGCCCGAGGUGGAGCAUCUCUUCGUUUCGGAUAUCACAGCCGACAGUUUCCGUUUAUCGUGGGCGGCGGACGAAGACCUGUUUGACAGAUUUGUGAUCAAAAUAAGGGACGGCAAAAGAUUAUCUCAUCCUCAAGAGUACAACACCCGUGGCGACGAGCGAACCAAGGUGGUAACGGGGCUCAAGGGUGGCACUGAGUAUGAAAUCGAGCUUUACGGUGUCACACUGGACCACCGUUCCCAACCUAUUACAGGGGUUGCUCAGACAGGCCUGAGCUCUCCAAGAGGACUUCACUUCUCUGAAGUGACUCCAUCUACAGCUGUGGUUCACUGGUCCAUGCCACGCUCCCCGGUUGAUAACUACCGUAUCACCUAUGUGCCAUUUGAAGGAGGAAACCCGCUGGUCGUGACUGCAGAUGGCAGCGUUACUGAGACUCUGCUGAUCAAUAUGAUUCCUGGAAAGACCUACCAAGUGACCGUGAGUUCCCUGAAGGGUCUGGAGGAGAGUGAGCCCAGCACUGACGCCGUCACCACAGCUUUGGACAGCCCGCAGGGUGUAACUGCGGUCAAUGUGACUGACACUUCAGCUCUGUUGCUGUGGCAACCAUCUGUAGCAACCGUUGACGGCUAUGUUAUCACCUUCAGGGCUGAAUCAAUGUCCCCGGUGGUGGAGGUUGUUUCUGGGAACACGGUGGAGUUUGAGAUGAACUCUCUGGUUCCAGCAACCCACUACAUGGUUGGAGUUCAUGGUGUGAGAGAAACUCUGAAGAGUGCCGCUGCUGUUACUGAGUUCACCACAGGCGUGGACCCUCCUCGUGACUUGAAGGCUAUUAACGUUCAAACUGAAAGUGCAACUCUGACCUGGAAACCACCUCACGCAGCUGUCACUGGAUACACUCUCAGCUUCUCGUCUGCUGACGGUAAAAUCAGGGAGGUGAUGCUCAGCCCGACAGCCUCUUCUUACAGCAUGUCCCAGCUGACCGGCUCAACAGAGUACGAGGUCCGACUGCAGGCCGCUGCUGGAGCCCAGAGGAGUCGCUACAUAACCACCGUCUUCUCCACCAUUGGACAGUUGUACAGGCGUCCUCGGGACUGUGCUCAGCUUCUACUGAACGGAGAGACGACCUCGGGUCUGUACACCAUCUAUAUCGGAGGGGAGGACAGCCAGCCCAUCCAGGUUUACUGCGACAUGACCACAGAUGGCGGGGGAUGGAUGGUUUUCCUCAGACGCCAGAACGGAAAUGUGGAAUUCUUCAGGAACUGGAAGAACUACACUGCUGGAUUCGGUAACAUGAACGAUGAGUUCUGGCUGGGACUGUCCAACCUCCAUAAAAUCACGUCUCUGGGACAUUAUGAGCUGCGAGUGGACUUGACAGACCAAGGGGAAGCAGCCUACGCUCAGUACGACAAGUUCACAGUUGGAGAGCCACGGUCGCGGUAUAAGCUGCACAUAGGAGCGUACAGCGGGACUGCAGGCGACUCCAUGAUCUACCACCAGGGCCGGCCCUUCUCCACCUACGACAACGACAACGACAUCGCCGUGACAAACUGCGCCUUGUCCUACAAAGGUGCCUUCUGGUACAAAAACUGUCAUCGCGUCAACCUCAUGGGGAAAUAUGGUGACAGCAGUCACAGUAAGGGGAUCAACUGGUUCCACUGGAAGGGUCAUGAGCACUCAAUCGAGUUUGCAGAGAUGAAGAUCAGGCCGGCCGACUUCAGAAACUUUGAGAGCAGAAAGAAGCGAUCGUAGACUCGUGAGGACCUUACCUCCCUCCCUUCCCUCCCCCUCCCACACCUCAUCUCCACUCAUGGACAUUCCCUCAUCUCUGAAACACACGUAACACUGAGGCAGCCCCGCUGAGUGGGAGUCGGCCCUGGCUGUGAGAAAUGAACCUGGUAGCCACACACCAAAGAACCAGAGCAGCACCAGUCCUCCGUUUGUAGCUGUCCCAGUGUGGCACCGCCGUGCGUUUGUGUUUCCAAAGAGAGUCGCUGUUGUGUUUUGUGUUUUUGUUUUAAAUGGUGUGAAUGAACAUUUGUGUGUUAUUCGGGACCAAACACCUGGAUUAUUUUGUAAAAGUGUGGAUAAGAAUCCACUGACUCAGCGACGCCUCACAUCCUCUGAAGUUUAUCGUUGUAUAUGAAAUUAGAGAGAAACAAUUCAUCUUAAAUGUUUAAUGUGCAACCACCCACCGACACGCUUUCUGUUCAGAUUUUAAAUAUGAUCUGCUUUUUUUUUUUUGAGACGUCUGGUGCUCUGUAACCUUCAAUACAAAAUUAAAGAUGUUUGAUAAAAUUG